AUCCUGUGGAAGGCAGACCACAGCCAGAGGACAGUGCUUCGAUGUGACCUCAGAGAGAGGCCUCUUACCCCUUACUUCUCUCCACACUACGAGGACAUUGGUCACUCUGACCAACAUUCUGAGGGACGCUGGGCACCCUGAGUCACCAUGGGCAACGAGAACAGCACCUCGGACCACCAGGAGGACGCUGCUUCACACAAUACCAUCCUGUGGCCUCCCAGCCCUGACCCUCCACAGAGGACUUCUUCAGUUCAGAGUCCAAGACCACUGCAGCCACCUGGGAACAGUCAAUCUCUACAGAAGCAGCAAGGAGACUUGCCUGGGUCGGGCACUGCAAGCACUGGGCUAGGAGGCUCCUGCUCUGCUUCUGAAAGUGUUGCCAGCCUGGACCUGUGCACUGUGUCUCCAGAGGUGACUGAGCAAGGGGAGCACCCCCAGGAAGCCAGGGGCCCAGAAGGUUCUCCACUGCCCAGAUCAUCUCUGCCCUGGGAACAGCCGUGCCCCUCAGCCUCCAUGCCCUUCACUGAAGGCCCCUCAGAAGGUUGCUUGGCCAGCUCAGAAGCAGAAGCACCUGCAGAUGGCACCCUCACCAAUUACCUUAGGAUGGAACCCUCCCCCAACAUGCCAGGGAACAUCUUACCGACAUCCACUCCUGAAGUAGAUGGCCCCACACAGCACUCGAUGGCUGCCAGAAUCCCUAGUACUGAAAGAGACAAAGAGCUGAAGGAAGAGGGAUGGAACUCAUCCUCCAGUUGCUCUGGCCAAUUGCCAGGAACUUCCCUAGUUCCUCUCCAGGAGCCAAGGACAGAGCUGCUGUCUGGAGAGGGCGAUGGGCCUCGUGACUUUGAGUUCCAAAGGAAAGAGGAUAUGGACGACUGUUCCUCCUCAGAGUUAGCAACCAAAGCCCCUGCUGCCACUCAGCCAGGGGUGCAAAACUCAGCUGUCCUUGAGUCUCCCCCCAAACCUGAGACUGUGGUCCCACAAGAUUCAGUCCUAAGAUCAUCAGACAGAGAAAGAGAUGGAGUGGAGGUUCUGCCUACGUGUUCAGCCAAGAACUUGAAAUUUCUCGAAGGCUGCCAUCCCUCUAAAAGCAACUCCAGAGCUAACCCUGGAGCGGGAACAAGCACUGCCUCCCAGGAAAGCUGCCAGCAGAAAGUGGAAAUGCAUCUGCCAUAUGCAGAACUGCCCUCGGGCCCACUAGGUCUUACCACAGCACCAGCAAACAGUGGCUCCUGGAAAGAGACUCCGGACACCAGCGAUGCUCAGAGCCAACCACAGACAGGGACAUCAGGAACUGAGCUCCAGCAAGUUGUCCGUGUGGCAGCAGGCAGCCAGCUGGAUGGGAGGUUGCUUCUGAGCGCUGAGGCUCCUCUCAUCACUAGAACAGAGGAAACUUCAAGUUCAGCUUCAUGUCCCACUGCACACCCCGCUGCUUGGAAUUCUGUUGCCUCAGAAGAACCUGGGGAGACUGUUUCUGAGACGAAGAUAUCAGUUUCUGCAGAUCUGGCUGCCACAGAACAGAUGGAUACAGGGGUGGUGGAAUUGAAGCCAACAUCAGAUCUUAGAAAAAUGCAAGAACAACCAGAAGGUAGCCUCCAGCAGGUUCCUGCACCUUUCUUGCAGGGGCAAAAUGAUACAGUCCAACAAGGGCUGUUGCUGUCAACUUUUUCCCAUGGCGUUUCAAAUGAAAGUUCAGUGGAACCAACUGAUGGUUCCAAGGCCCCCAAGAAUACUGAAAAUAGAGUUGCAGCUAGAGAGGAAAGCAGAUCACGUGGAGACAACCUUGAGGGACAGCAAGAAGCCACCAGAGCCCUUGCUGGUGCAGAGCCUGGGAAUCAUAAUGAAGAGAAGUCUCAAGCCUUUCACAGCAAGUCCCAUCUGGAGACCAAGAGAGAUGAGGUUUCAAAGCCACACAGUAAUACAGAGAACAAAAUCGUUCCCAGCUCAGACUCCACACGGCCACUUAGACAGGAGGUUGCUGGCCACAGGGAUGGGUCCCACUCUGGAGCAGCAGAGGUAGUGGGGCAGGUGGUUGCUGAAUCCCAUGUGACUGACACAGCUACCUCCCUGCACAAACUCCACGAGGACGACCCCAUCCUGUCCUCAGCAUCAGAUGGCACUGGUGAGCCCUUUCUUCCCCAAGAAGCCAUCGGGAAAAGUUCAAGAUCUCAGACCAAAAGCCCAGCCAUGCUUCAGGACAGGGGAGGGUUGGAAGCAACAGGGUCACUUCCUGCUUUGGAAUCUGAGAAAGGCGAUUUCCUGCCUGCUACAGCUGUGGAGGAGGUACCCAAAGCUGGGGAGAUGGAGGAUAUAUUGGAAGCAAAGAAGAGCCACUCACCCUUGCAUCCUCCCUACAGCUGUGACGGGGAAGGCUUGCUGAUGUCCCCAGGCCAACCUUGUGGGGUGGAGAAGGUUGAACCUGGACAGGAAGUCCAUGCUGUUGCGUCAUCUCCCCCCAAUGGGAAAGACUCAACAAUAGGCCAUGGACUUGCUAUGCUCAGUCUGGAACAAGACUGUCAGAGAAAACUGUCUUGCCCAGAGGACAGUCUCCCACCACCUCCCAAGAACCCUCUCCAGCCAUCUCAACUAGACCCAGAAGCAUCCAUCCCUGCUAUUCUCUAUGACAAGGACCAACUACCUACAAAUGGGCAAAGGACUUAUCAAAGUGGCCCAGGUCUGAAGAAGCAGAGUACAGAUCCCUCCUCAAUCCCCAUGCCCGAGGAAAGGAAGCCUUGGGCAGACGUGAGCUUGUCCACUCAAGGAGGAAAUGAACAGGGGUCAGAACUUCCCUCCAAAGGCAGCCCAUUCGAUACUCCAAGUUCAUCACCCAAGGAUACAGUUCUGGAAGGAGCAGCAAUGUCAGAGAUGUCAGAACUGUCAACUCCACUGGGACAAGAGUCACCUGCAUUAGGGGGAAAUGAGCAAGAGGGCUCAGGCAGCAGUAGACAGCUCUCGGAGAUCCUGCCUCCUGCAGCAGCCACCACUCUUACAGAAAACUUGGCUGGGAAGGAUAGUCUCUCUACUGGGCAGGGGCUGAGCAAGUCCCAACAGGAGCUGAAGGAUGCUUUGCAAACAGGCAGCCAGCGUGAAGAAGCACGUUGUGGGGACUCAGGCAUUUCUGAAGCCAGUGACGUACUGCCUCUGCCUCAGGGCUUGGAUAAGACAGAGGCAGCAAGUAGAAACAGAGUGGAGGCCCUGCCCUGUCCACCUGACUCAGUAGCUCUCCUGGAUGCAGCACACUGCUCUCCAGACCCAGUGUCUACCAAUCCCAGAGUCACACCCACCCAGGAUGCCCUAGAGAGCGAGGCCUGUGAUGAGAGCCAGAAAGAGCCAGCCCCACAGCUGGAAAUGGAGCAGCCGGCCCCCUUGGGUACAGAAGCACACAGUCCUCUUGGAAGUUUCCAGAAAGCAGAGGAACGAGAUGGUAAAGGUGGAUCUGCCGAAGUGAACAUCGAUGCCAGUGAAGGAGACCCUGGUAUGCAGCAGGCUUCAGAGGCACCAGAAGCUGCUCUGAGUAGUGGCUUCCUUCAGGCUGACCAGAGCCUCGCCUCCACCCUGAGUGAGCCACGCCAACUUGCGCAGCUUGAGCCCAGCUGUGGGGAUACCUUGCUGCCGGCUGGAGAAUCAGACGGGAUUCCUAGAAGUUCUGUGGAUGUUCUGACACACCACACUGUUUCAGGCCCACGGAGCCUUCUGUUGGCUGAACCACCUGACACCCCUUACCUGCAUAUCAAUAGUGCUGCCAGGAAGGAUGCAGAAGAUGGUAGCACUGGAGGAGCCAUUUCCUCUGAGGACCCCGGAGCCCCUUAUGAAAGUCCUGUAAAGGAGCCUCCACCUGCUUUGGAAAAUGACACCCUUGAAAAGAAGCCUGCUGUCUCCUUCACCACAGUCUUGCAACCAGGAACUGCAGAUGGGGACAUCUCUGCAGCAGGGGAUGGUAAUGGUAUCCCCCAAACUGGAACCACUGGGGGACACGUGAGUCUCAUGCCCUACCUGGACAGGAUGCCUCUCCCGGUUAGAGACGAGCAGAUGGCAAGGGAGAUGCAUGUGACUGCUGCUCCAGAAGCAAAUGCCAGAGCCUCCGAGAUCACAGCAUGCCCUGCCAGUGAGGACUCAGCAGGAGAGACAGAGGGGAACAGGGAGAGGCCAGUAGAACUUACCCCAGAUCUGAGGGUUGUUGCAUCAGGUAGCGAGGGUGCAAGCUCCAAGCAGAACAGCAUAAUAGUGGGGCUUCCUGACUUUAGGGAGCACAUUACCAAGAUCUUUGAGCAGUCUGUGCUUGGAGCCCUGACAGCUGAUCGGCCCCAUAGUAAAAAGUCAGGAGUUCCAAGGAGUGUGCUGUUUGAGGGUCCUGAUGUCUCACUGAACUCAGAGAAGCUUCUAGAUGGAGCACAAGGAGUGGCCGCUGCCCUUCUCCCUGUAUCUCCUGCAGGACUCCAGGUUGAGAAGAAGCAAGAGUCAGCUGUUGAGGCUGAGGGUUCUCAUCAAGUACCCCAGGAGCCAGUGCCAGAGCAGGUGAUGGGUCUGGUGGGGACAGCCUUGGAGGAGAGCAGGCCAGGUGCCAGUGUUGAAGGAGAGAGGACUGGAGAGCCUGUCCAGGGAGCUCAGGCUCACUCACAGCAGGCAAGAAGCAGGCAGGAACUAGCAGUGGGCUUUCCCUCUUCUGCAGAAAGAGCCCCUGGCUUCCCCAUGGCUCCCCAGAGCCAUGCAGAUGUAGAUGAGGCUUCUGCUCAAGGUGACAAAAGCCAUUCCAUAAAAGAGCAGCUGGAAACAUUGCCCAGCAACAGUCAACACAGAGAAGAUGAUACCGGGGACCCUACUCACACCAAGGGUCUAAGCAAUCUAUCAGGAUCCCCCUGUGCCCUGAAUGGCUCUUCUCAUGGGAGUGUUUUGAACGUGCCUGAAUCUAACAGUGAGCCCCUGAUCCCUUCCACACUUGAGGGUAAAAGACAGAUGGAAGCUGCUGUCAGUACUGCAGACAUGAAAAAUAUGCUGGGCAACCAGGAUGCCUCCAAAAUGUUGGCUGGAGAAGUAUUGACUGCUCCCCUGGAUCCCGGCAAAGUGGCAGGAGCUGCUGAGGAAGCAGAAGGUGAUGUCACACCAAGCAGGGCUGAGACGUGGGCAUGUGUGUCUGGUGACCUCCUUGAAACAGGUACUACGAGGAUGCUUCCCGGUGUGGCAGGUGACUCAGCACAGCCUGGGAGCUGUCAGGACUCAGGAUGCUCCAACAGGGCUCAAGUGAUGGAGGACACAGCCACCCUUCAAGGGGACAGCCAGGUUGAAGACCAGCAGGCCAAGGAACAGCUGGGCCCUCAGCUCCCUGCUCUUGUAGGGCAUGAGAAGCUGAGAAUCUCUUCCCCUCCAGAGCCCGAUGAAAGCAAAGAUGAGAAGCUGCACCUCUUGGCUCCAGAAGAACUCCUCACUGACAGCAUCCCUGGAACUGAUGAUGUCAUCCAGCCAGCUGCUCCUGCUGACCUGGGACACCCACCCUUAGCUGACUCUUCCCACCAUGGUGAUACUGUCAGCUCAGUGUCUACACAUCUGACAGUCCAGAGCGCCUCCCCAUCUGCUGCCCGUGCAAGUCCUGCUCCUCUGGCCCCAGAACACACAGCCUCGGCUUCCUCCGCAGCCGGUCCUGGAGUAGAAGUCACCCCCACUGCCUCCCGCCAAGACCUGGCCAAGAACAUACCCAGGAGUUCCGACUCUGAGGAAGCCUUUGAGACCCCCGAGUCAACGACCCCUGUCAAAGCUCCACCAGCCCCUCCCCCUCCACCCCCUGAAGUCACUCCAGAGCCUGAGGUCAUCGAUCCACCAGCCCCAGAAGAACCAGGAUGCACUUCUGAGCCGGUUGUGGUUCCCGAUGGCCCUCGCAGUGAGUCCGUGGAAGGAAGCCCUUUCCGUCCUUCCCACUCCUCCUCGGCGGUGUUUGAUGAAGACAAGCCGAUAGCCAGCAGCGGGACUUACAACUUAGACUUCGACAGCAUCGAGCUGGUGGAUAACUUCCAGAGCUUGGAGCCGUGCUCUGCCGACUUUAAGGAGUGUAAGGUGAGCACACGGAGGAAAUCCACUGAGUCCGUGCCACCCUCCAAGUCCACGCUGUCCCGCUCGCUCAGCCUGCAAGCCAGCGACUUUGACGGUGCUUCUUGCCCGGGCAGCCCCGAAGCUGGGACCCUUACCACAGAUGCAUGUGGCACAGGAUCCAACAGUGCUUCCAGCACCCUUAAGCGAACUAAAAAAACACGGCCGCCUUCCUUGAAAAAGAAGCAAGCCACCAAGAAACCCACAGAAACCCCCCCAGUGAAGGAGACCCAGCAGGAGCCAGGUGAAGAGAGCCCAGUCCCCAGUGAGGAACACUUAGCACCAGAGACAAAGACGGAGUCGACCACACCUGAGGGCACUGGUUGCACCUUGUCAGAAGAGACACCCCUGGAGCCCCCUGCUGUCCCCACAGCCACCUGUCCUCUGACUUUGGAGAGUGCAGAAGACGUUAGUCCCCUGGUUUCUGGAGGUGGCAGAGUGCAGAACUCACCCCCAAUUGGGAGGAAAUCAGUGCCUCUUACCACAGCCUCUGAGGCAGUGGAGGGGACCCUGUCGGACAGUGGGGGGCAAGAGGAAUUGCCUGCCAAAGGGCUCUCAGUGAGGCUGGAGUUUGACUAUUCUGAGGACAAGGGAAGUUGGGAGACUCAGCAGGAAAACGCCCCUCCCACCAAAAAGAUAGGCAAGAAACCAGUUGCCAAAAUGCCCCUAAGGAGGCCAAAGAUGAAAAAGACCCCCGAGAAACUGGACAACACUCCUGCCUCACCUCCAAGGUCCCCUACUGAACCCAGUGACACCCCUAUUGCUAAAGGUACCUAUACCUUUGAUAUAGACAAGUGGGAUGACCCCAAUUUUAACCCCUUUUCCUCCACCUCAAAAAUGCAAGAAUCUCCCAAACUGUCCCAACAAUCGUACAGCUUUGACCCUGAAGCCUGUGAAGAGUCCCUUGACCCCUUUAAGGCAUCCUCUAAGACCCCCAGCUCACCUUCUAAGUCCCCAGCCUCUUUUGAGAUUCCAGCCAGCACCAUGGAAGCAGACGGGGAUGGGUUGAAUAAACCCGCCAAGAAGAAGAAGACUCCGCUAAAGACUGACACAUUUAGGGUGAAGAAGUCCCCAAAGCGGUCUCCUCUGUCUGACCCACCUUCUCAGGACCCCACUCCAGCUGCCACACCGGAAGCACCCCCAGCAAUCUCUACAGUGGUGCAUGCCACAGAUGAGGAGAAGCUGGCAGUCACUAGCCAGAAGUGGACGUGCAUGACAGUGGACUUGGAUGCCGACAAACAGGACUUCCCUCAGCCCUCAGACCUGUCUAACUUUGUAAAUGAGACCAAAUUCAAUUCACCCUCAGAGGGUAAGCAACUCGGUGGCCAGCCAGACCCACACCUUGCCUUGGAGAAUACUGUCCCUAGGGGGCAAAGAGCCAGAAAAGAUACUUGCCAGCCAGAGCUGGACUACAGAAACUCCUAUGAAAUUGAAUACAUGGAAAAGCUUGGCUCCUCCUUACCUCAGGACGAUGACACUCCGAAGAAGCAGGCCUUGUACCUUAUGUUUGACACUCCUCAAGAGAGCCCCAUCAAGUCUCCUCCAGUCCGGAUGUCGGAAUCCCCAACUCCAUGUUCAGGGUCGAGUUUUGAGGACACUGAAGCCCUUGUGAAUGCAGCGACAAAGCUCCAGCAUCCGGUAGCAAGAGGUCUGCCCUCCAAUCAGGAGCCUCUCUUGCAGGUGCCCGAGAAACCCUCCCAGAAGGAGCUGGAGGCCAUGGCCUUGGGUACCCCAGCAGAAGCAAUUGAUAUCACAGCCCCAGAGGGUGCCUUUGCCUCUGCAGAUGCUCUCCUCAGCAGGCUGGCCCAUCCCGCCUCUCUCUGUGGUGCCCUUGGCUAUCUGGAGCCUGACUUAGCAGAAAAGAACCCCCCAGUAUUUGCCCAGAAACUUCAGGAGGAGUUAGAGUUUGCUGUCAUGCGGAUAGAAGCCCUGAAGCUGGCCAGGCAGAUCGCCCUGGCUUCCCGCAGCCGCCAGGACACCAAGAGGGAAGCUGCUCACCCACCAGAUGUCUCCAUCUCCAAAACUGCCUUGUACUCCCGCAUCGGGCCCACUGAGACAGCAGGCCGGUACUUGCUGUGUACAGUGCUGGACCGAGGGCUUUAUGCCAGGAGAAGGAACCUAGUGAUGAGCUCAGGGAUGAGUGCAGAGGUGUGCCUUUGCCCUUCUUCCAGGAAAAUCGUGGCCGAAUACGAGAAGACCAUCGCACAGAUGAUCGAGGACGAGCAGAGAGAGAAAUCCAUCUCCCACCAAACCGUGCAGCAGCUGGUCCUGGAGAAGGAGCAGGCCCUGGCUGACCUGAACUCUGUGGAAAAGUCUCUGGCUGACCUCUUCAGGAGAUACGAGAAGAUGAAGGAGGUCCUGGAAGGUUUUCGAAAGAAUGAAGAGGUGUUGAAGAAAUGUGCGCAGGAGUACCUAUCCCGAGUGAAGAAAGAGGAACAGAGGUACCAGGCCCUGAAGGUGCACGCAGAAGAGAAACUGGACAGAGCCAAUGCAGAGAUUGCCCAGGUUCGAGGCAAGGCCCAGCAGGAGCAAGCAGCCUACCAGGCUAGCCUGCGGAAGGAGCAGCUUCGAGUGGAUGCUCUAGAAAGAACGCUGGAGCAGAAGAAUAAAGAGAUAGAAGAACUCACCAAGAUUUGUGACGAACUGAUUGCCAAGAUGGGGAAAAGCUAACUCUGGACCAAGCGCUUGGACUUGGCCGUUGCGUGCAAUACGACCGUCGGCACACUGUUUGUCCUUCCGAUUCCGUGAACAGGUUCUCCUGUCACUGCCGUAUGCACUACUGUGUCCUCUUUCUAAAUAAGGUUGGUUUGACCGUAUGCAGUGCCGAGACCUACCAGGAUUCCUUGCUAUCCGUUUGCAUUUUCUAGUAUAAUUCAUAGCAAGUUGACCUCGGAGUUCCUGUAUCAGGGAGACUGUCAGAUUCUCUAAUAGACUACAAAUUGCUGACCUUGGCCUUGGCCUUGCUCUUUGGCGAGCAGCAUCUGAUGUGACGUGAACAUAUGCAGCCUGCAUCGGGACUCUUGCCUUAAGGAGUGUAUAAUUGAUCCACAUUUGCUGGUUUGAUUUUUU